UGCUUUGCUUGUCACCUUGAGCUACUUUCAGCGCCGGACAGCUCCCGGUUGCCUCGCUCCACCCAUCUCCCACCACACGCAGAGGAUUGGCUGAAAGAACAACCACACACGCCACAGUUCAGGUGACUCGUGCCAUAGUGAAAUAUCGUCAAAUUCUGCAUCCUCUGAGAUCUCACAUCGUCGUCCUGCACCUCUCGGUCUCGAGAAAUUAUUUUACUGAGAGCUCCGGAAACGCAGCCCGUGUUUACGGCGAUAGAGGUAGGGCGUCACUUUAACUGUAAACCGUCUGGGAGGUAGUGGAGAUGAUUGGUCGACCGUGAUAACAUCUGCCCGUCACAGAUGCAGUCUGAUCAACGGAAGAAGCGGCGAGGAGCACGGAAUCAGACGCGAGCUGCACCUAGGAGACAAACCCUUUGGAUGUUAAACUCCGGUACACGUCAGAGACGGCUUGUUUUAGUUGCGGAAGCCACAAAUUACGGUGUCGGUUAUGCUUACGGUUGAUUAAGGGAAGACGGUUUCGCGACGGUCACGCAAUGGCUUUCUCACUCAUUCUCCUGCUCUUCCAAAUGGGGCUUGUCUUCGGAUCAAACUACGGUUACGUAGAAUGGUCCGACAACGACAAAGACGCAGAGAUACGGGCAAAUAUACCGACUAUCCUCAGCACCCAAAACCAAGCAAUCAACAAAGAAUCGUUUCAUUACCCAACUUACUACCCCGGGCAUGCGACCGAGCGCACGGUGGUGGCGCACAAGAUCGAGGAGGACCUGCCGCGGGUAGUGACAGCCUUCCUCCACACCGGAGACUCUUCGGCGCUGCGGCAGGUAAACUGCUCCCGGAGAUACGAGCUCCGGAGCCUCCGUGGUGGCACGCGCGUCGCCUCACACUACUCCCUCCACACCGUGCUGGACACCGUGGCGCACGCGACCAACUUCCUCAACAUGAUCCUCCAGACCAACAGGUCGCGAGAGCACAGCCUCCGGCGGGACAUUCACUGGUAUCACGCGCUGGUCAGGAGCAUCCUCGAGGGAGACCCCAAAAUCCACAGGGCGGUGGUAAGUUUCCACACGGAUGCGCCAACACCCGGUCCUCACGUCUUCCUCCAAGCGACCAGGAGAGACAAGCAGGUGGUUCUCCAAGACCUCUCCGGUUCCGCUCACCUCCACCUCAGGAGCCGAACACCGGAUUCGGAUUGGUUUAACGAGUUUAGGGACCGGAAAAGACCUCAGCUACAGAAGAGAGCUUCCAGCCUGGACUUACCCGCCGCUCCGAACGGCUACUUCCUGGAUAAAAGCCAGAUCCGGUGGUCCGCACCGUUUCUGGAGUGCGAGCACGGAAGCUUUGUACCGCACUGGUUGCUCACCUUGUCCGCGGGCUUUUACGGUCUGAGGGAAGACUCUGCGCCCGAGUUCAGGGGGGUGGUCCGUGUGGAUGUCAACCUCCAGGAUGUGGACAUCAACCAGUGCUCCAGCACAGGAUGGUUCUCUGGAACACACCGCUGUAACCUGACCAGCAUGGAGUGUACUCCUCUAGGUGGGCAUGGGUUUGUUCUGGACCAGUACAGGUGUGCGUGUCGGAGAGGCUUUUACCACCCCAGCAGAGUGCCCGUCAACAGCUUCACAAGUAGGGCCCUCAGCACCUCCACCAACCAGCUUGAGGACGGCUCCAGCCUGUGUCUGCCGUGCCGUGAGGGCUGUCCGGUGUGCCGGGACGACUCCCCCUGCCUGGCGCGGCCCCACGGAGGCAUCCGGCUCGCCCUGGCCUCCCUGCAGGGGGUCUGCAUGCUGCUGACCCUGCUGGUCAUGCUGGGUACCUACCACCAUCGCAGGAACAAGAGAAUCCGUGCGUCUGGUCUCAUCCUCCUGGAGACCAUCUUGGUUGGAGCGUUGCUGCUUUACUUCCCUGUGAUGAUCCUGUACUUUGAGCCCAGUGUGUUUCGUUGUGUUUUGCUGAGGUGGGUACGACUGUUCGGCUUCUCCACCACCUACGGAACUGUCCUUCUGAAACUGUACAGGGUCCUCAGGGUGUUCCUGUCCCGCACGGCCCAGAGGACUCCCUUCAUGACGGGCUGGCGCGUGCUCCGCCUGCUGGGGCUGAUCCUGCUGGUGGUACUCUGGUUCCUGGUGGGCUGGACCGCGGCCGUGUUCCAGCACCGCCAGCCCGCCCGCGCCCUCAUCGACGUGGGGCUCACCGCCCAGGGACGCCAGUUCAGCCUGUGCCUCCUGGAUCGCUGGGACUACAUGAUGGCUGUUGCUGAGUUCCUGUUCCUGCUGUGGGGGGUGUACCUGUGCUACGCCGUGCGGAGCGUGCUGGCUGCCUUCCACGAGCCACGCUACCUGGCCGCUGCCGUCUACAACGAGCUGCUGCUCUCCGCCCUGUUCCACAGCAUCAGGUUCUACCUGGCCCCUAGCCUGCAUCCUGAUUGGAUGCUCAUGCUGUUCUUCGCUCACACACACCUGACGGUCACCGUGACACUAGGCCUGCUACUGGUCCCCAAGUUCCUGUCGUCGGGGCGGCAGGUGAGGGAGGACACAGUGACGGAGACGUAUGAUGAGGAGCUGGACCUGGGCCGCUCAGGGUCCUGCCUGAACAACAGCAUCACCUCAGCCUGGAGUGAGCACAGCCUGGAUCCUGAGGAGAUACGGGAGGAGCUGAGGAGGGUGUACAGCCAGCUGGAGGUGCACAAGCACAAGAAGAUGCUGACCAACAACCCUCACCUGCAGAAGAAGCGCAGCUCCAAGCGUGGUCUGGGCCGCUCGCUCAUGAGGCGCAUCACCGAGCUGCCUGAGAGCGUGCACAUGCACCGGCAGGCCAGCCGCGAGGGGAGGGAGGGGAGGGAGGACGGAGACGGCGACCACGGUAGCAACCGUAGCACGCUGCGACGGAACCCGCUGGACGGCGCCGCCCGGUGUGGAAGGAGCCACCAGCGGGACGACUCCCUGAAGAACAAGGUCCUGGACCUGGCCAGAUCCCUCAGCUACGACCACAUCUGCGCCCAGGGGGAGGAGCCGGGGGAGCAGGGGGAGGAGCCAGGGCAGCAGGGGGAGGAGCCAGGGCAGCAGGGGGAGGGAGGAGAGACCCGAGACAAAACGUCCGCCGUUGCCGGGACCAAGACGGUCGCCCCCGGUGACGGGUCUCUCCUAGGAUCCCUGAUUGGCCGGAGGCAGCAGACCAGGAAGUCCCCGGAGCCUCCCAGGGUGGAGCAGGCGGGGUCGGCCGAGUCCGUCCCUCUGGUGUGUUCCGGAAAGUCUGUCAGCGCCCACAACCUGACGGCGGACGGCAAGAAGCCGGCACUGCUGCGGACCUCCAUCAUGCAGAAAUCCCUCAGCGCCAUCGCCAGCGCCAAGGAGAGGAUGCCCGGCCUGGCCAAUCGGACGGCAGGACGGGAGGGGGGCAGGGCUCUCUCGGAGGUGGACGAAACUCCGGAGUGUUACCCCUCGAAGAUGAUCAUCAGCCUAUCGGUGGAGUGCAGCAAGACAACGGGUAAGUUGGGCAUCAUGACCGGGAGUCAGCCAUCCAUCCUGUACGAGGAGGUCUGUCCCUGGGAGGUGGAGGACCCCCCCGCGCCCGCCGAUGGUAGGGCCCAGAAGCAUGUGUCCAUCGCCCCGGGAGAGACCACUGCGGCCCACCGUAGGGGGAGUGGCUGCAGCAGGGCCCAGCAGAAGCAGAGAGCCUCCGGACAGUCUCCCGCCAACCGCCGGCGAUCAAAGGAUAAGGGAGGAGAGAGGGAUGAGGGGAGGAAACCUCGCUCGCCCCUCCCGCUCAAACCUGAAGUCUGUCCAUGGGACUUUGAGGAGCCCCAGAUGGGCGGGGCCUCUGGGUCCCUCUCCCCCGACAGGAUCAGGCACAAGAAGAGCGUCACGCCCACCGACGGCAAGCCCAAGGUUCUGCACUCAGACCACUCCAAGUCCACGGGCUCCCUCCUGCAGCCCCCCAGCCUCAUGGUGGACAUCUGCCCCUGGGACGAGGAGCCGCCCCCCUCACCCUCGCCCUCCAGCCCCACGCCCCACUCCAGACGCAAGCGCAAGGGCUCCUGCUCCUCCAAGGACCGGGGGGAGAAGGGGGAGAAGGGGGAGAAGGGGGGGCGGGACAGGGAGGAGGAGAAGAACAAGUCCAAGAACAAAGAGAGGCGGAGCUCCGGCUCCUGCAAGCCCUCCGAGAGGAGGCGUGUCAGCCAGUCGUCUGAGGGAGGAGCCGUCGCCACGACGACGUCCGGGCGGAGGCGGAGCUCCACGAGGGACCCAGAG